UCUAUUUUUGUACAAGGGACCAAUUACAUUUUUCAAAAAUGUUGGAGUCUGACCAAGGCUGACACAUCAUGAAUUAAUAUCCCCUCGAAAUAAUGUUUAGCCUGGUCACCUUGACCACCAGCUAAAGCAAUAGUCAGAGAAACACUGUUCUUAUGUUCAUGCUGUACUGUAACCACCUAUUAUGCAGUCUUCUGUGUACAGGCAGUACACAUAAAAACCAGGUUGAGACUUGCUGAUGAUGUCACGGCCGGGAUGCCUGGCCCACGUGCGGGCAUCAGUGUGUUCCAGACUCGGGGAGGGUCGACAACAACCAGGACUGCGUAGCACAGGCGCAGUCAGAUGCGGAGCGAGUCAAAUAAUCCAACGAUUGUCGGAUUAUCGCCUGUAUCCAAACCUCUACCAGCCGAUAGCGUGGGACGCUUCCUCUCUCAAAUUCGGCGCUGUUUUCAUCUCACCUUGCUUCUCCCACCCCCUUGAUGAUGAUUUGCCAGGAAGAUGCGCCUGUCUGAAAUGUUCGUUGACCUUCGCCUCCGCUCAGCAUCGAAGCAUUGUGAAGCGCUGCCACAGGAGCGCCCCGGCUCCCGCCGCUGCCCCUAACCUCCCUGCAUUGCUACAGAUACCCGUGCUGUGACUCUUCUAGCCGCUCAUCUUUCAUUUUUUUAUCAACCAAGACCGAGGCAGAUGCCCCUCGCUCUAUCAUCCCGGAUUUUACUAUGGUGGAGUUUCCAUCUCUCAGUCCUUACUGGCCUCUCAUCCGCUUUCUGGUGCCUUUGGCUAUCACCAAUGUUGCCAUCGACCUCGGAGAGCAGGCCCUCAACAGGGGAAUAGCCACCGUCAAAGAGGAUGCCAUUGAAAUGCUGGCCAGCUACGGCCUGGCCUAUUCCCUGAUGAAGUUCUUCACUGGACCCAUGAGCGACUUCAAGAAUGUGGGUUUGGUGUUUGUCAACAGCAAGAGGGACCGGAGGAAGGCUGUGUUCUGCAUGGUGACGGCCGGGGUCAUCGCGUUCGUCCUGCACAUCUUGAUAGCUUACACAGAUUUAGGAUACUAUAUCAUUAAUAAGCUCCACCAUGUGGAUGACUCUGUGGGCAACAAGACAAGAAAGGCUUUCCUUUACCUGGCAGCGUUCCCUCUGCUGGAUGCAAUGGCGUGGAUCCACGCAGGGAUUCUUCUCAAGCACAAGUACAGCGUCAUAGUGGGCUCAGCCUCCAUCUCUGAUGUUGUGGCCCAGAUUGUGUUCGUGGCCAUUCUCCUCCACAGUAACCUGGAAUGUGUGGAGCCUCUACUCAUCCCCAUCCUCUCCCUGUACAUGGGUGCCUUGGUCCGUUUCACCAUUGUGGGUCUGGGUUACUACUGUAACAUCCACGACAACAUCCCAGAAUCCAGUGGAAUGGAUGUGGGCGGCGAUGCCACUAUCAAAAAGAUGCUGAGUUUCUGGUGGCCCCUGGCCCUCAUCCUGGCCACUCAGCGUAUCAGCCGACCCAUCGUCAACCUCUUUGUGUCCCGCGACCUCAAGGGGACCUCUGAAUCCACAGAGGCUGUGGCUGUCCUCACGGCCACAUACCCAGUGGGUCACAUGCCCUACGGAUGGUUAACCGAACUCAGAGCAGUGUACCCUGCCUUUGACAAGAACAAUCCCAGCAACAAGCUGGACGCUGGCUCCCCUGUCACCAAGUCGCACAUUAAAAAGUUUACCUCCUGCUGUCUGGCUAUAUCAUUCACGCUUUGCUUUGUGGUGUUUUGGACUCCUGGUUUAUCAGAGAAGAUCCUGAUUGAUGUCAUUGGAGUGGAUAAAUCCUUUGCUGAUCUGUGUGUGGUCCCGCUCCGAAUUUUUUCCUUUUUUCCCGUGCCAGUGACUGUUCGGGCUCAUUUGACUGGAUGGCUCAUGACCCUGAAAAAGACCUUUGUGCUGGCCCCCAGCUCAGUUCUCCGCAUCAUUGUCCUCAUCACCAGUCUGGUUGUGCUGCCUUAUAUGGGGGUCCAUGGGGCCACACUCGGGGUUGGAUCCCUCCUGGCCGGCUUCAUAGGAGAGUCGACAAUGGUUGCCAUAGCAGCGUGCUAUGUUUAUCGACAACAGAAAAACAGUGAGAUGUCCCAUGAUCUGGUGGUGGAGGGCGAGGACUCCGCCCCUAUGAGCGAGGUGUGCUCCAGGACUCAGAUGGACGCCAUUGAGGAGCUCCAGGAGGAAGAGGAGGAGGAGGAACAGGAGUGAACUGCAACUGCAGGGGAAAGUAAAGCAGACCUCCAUGUGGAAUUUUGCUGAAGAGGAGACUUUCCAGUGUUACUGUAUGGUUUGGUUUCAGAGGUUCUCCCGACAGACUUUGAAGAAGGGUGACAAGGUCUUCUUCGCGUCGACCUGCACACCAUUAACGCACACUGUAAAGAAAGCCAUGCACCUCAAAGUGAUCAUUCAUCAGUGUAAAUACCGUUACGUCUUCCCCCCUUUUUUCCUCCGUUGUCAUAGUUUUGCAUCGUCACAUCAGGCGCUGUAUUCACCACUUGUGUUUACUGGCAAACAAGGGAAAACGACACACGAGAACUGUUCCUCGUCAGCAACAAGAAUGAAACGUCUGAGUGGUAGUGGAGUUGCCAAAAUACUGAGUUCAUUAUUUUACGUUAUUUUAUCAAGAUUAAGCGACAAAAGCGUUGCUUGAAAUCAAAUAGACAUAUCGUGGGACUUGUUGGGUUGUGCAAUCGUAUUUUACAUACACCGGUGUACAGAUUGUUGUUUUAUAUAGGUAAUGCAAUGUGUAUAUUUAAAUGCCCAGAGGGGUCAGGAAUCCCUCCUUAUAUCAUUGCGUGUGUUACAGAAAACAGUUAUGAUUGUUCACUUUCCAUGCAGUCUGGGAGUCCAUCUACUUUUGUUCUGCCAAGCAUUUCCCCUGGUAGUUUCUGUCGUACGUACUGUAUAUACUGUAUAGGCAUUCUUAUUUGGCAAAUAAAUUGCUUUAUUAUUAACCUUUGCUUUGUUGACAUCUGCUUUAAAUCCUUUUGUGUGGUACUUCAGACACCACUGCUGGAUGUGUAAAAGUUAGUAAUUGCAAAGUGUAUCCAUUUUCACAUUUGUAUAAAAGUUUAAGUGGUAAGCCUUUCCUUUGACACAGUUGAAAAAAUACUGAAAUAACCAUAAAUCAUGUUAUAUGGGCUAUGUAUCCCUAAAAGGUAAUGAACAAACGGAUGCCAUUACCUGUAACACCUAUAUAGCGUUUUGGGAGGGGUAUUGCUGCUGAAUAAGUAAAGCACAGUCCACACAUCAGUUUUAGAGCAUAGGAAAAUUCAUUGUAUUCAACCAUGAUAUACAGAAAGAGUCUGAGACCCCAAACAGACUUAAUGUUAUUUUCUGUAUGGUACUUCUUAGACUUAUUCAAAUUUCUCACAAAAUUAGGCAAGGCUUCAACAAGCUGAUUAAAUCAUAAGGAGAAAAAAAUAAUUUUACAAAAAUGGUACUUUAGUUUAAUCUAAAUGCCAUCCAGAAACAGAGAAAACAUUCCUGCAAAAUGGCAUAAUCGAUGUUUACUGCAAACAGAUCAACUUCACCUGCUUUGGAAUAAGGGCGAGAAAAUGGCCUCUUAUCAGUAAUAACCAACAUUCAUUCUUAUUGUGCAUUAUUCCUAAGGCAACAUGGCGGACCAAGCGAGCUUCAAACUGAAUCCAGUGGCUGGUGGGUGGGACUGUUGCCAGUAUUUGCAGCAACUUUGGCAAGUUUUUCCCUUCAGAACAGCUUGGUUAAAAGGCAACAUGUUACACAUUUAGUUUGACACACACACACACGCAUAGUUGCA